AUGUAUUUAUCUCCAUUCAACGUGACGGCAGGGGACAUCGGUGGCGUGUCACAGCAAUGCGUCAAUAAAUGUAACAUGAGCAGUGAAAAAAAAAACCACAAAGCCUUCAAUGUCGAAACGUCAAAGAUAGAAUUUAGACGUACAUAUCACCCAAUCGAAGAAGAAAACAUGACCGAUACUCCAAAGAGGCGAUCACCGAUGGCACGAACGGCAUCACCAAGACCCACCAAGCCCUUAUCAGGAAAAACAUCACCUAAAUCCACCACUCCCAUAUCGAAACAACGCACUCGCGAUGCUUCCCUCUCCCUUCUGACCGGCAGGAAACGUGCCUCGCCGACUCCAUCAGACAAGACCGACUCGGAAUUUAGUCAAUCGUCGUUGAUGCUAAUGUCCCCAGGCGAGGUGGCUGAGCAACAAGGAUCUAUCGAACAGGUCAUAAAAUCCAUUGAGAAACGGCUCAAGGCAGAGCAGGAUAAGAUUGCCAGAACCAUAUUGGAGAAGCAACAACGUCAAACCGUAUACAAACUCGAGAAUCGCAUGGAUGCCCAUUUGACCCCUUUUGUCAUGAUAAAGAAGGUUGGGAAGAGUGGAAGUGAGGGAGGCGCAAGGGGUGGCAAUGAGGGGAGCGCAAAGAAAGAUCCUUCGAGCAGGCGUUUCAAAAACGACUUCCCCAAGUGGACCAGCGGCAACAAAAUGAUUGAUAACUUUAUCAAGGAAAUUCAAUUAUUCGCUGAAUCCGAAGUGAACUAUCUCGAGUGGAUAUCGUAUGAUCGAUUUAAGGAGGUGAAAUUUAUUUGCAAUGGUACGUACGCUUCGUUAUCACUGGCGACGUGGUUGGACGGACCGAGGAACCUGUCGGACAAGCAAAAUAAAAAGUUGAAGAGGGAUUUCAGGAAAAAGGUCGUGUUGAGACAAUUGUAUGAUUCGGAGAAUAUUUCAGAAGUUUACUUGAGUGAGCUCAAUAAGUACUAUAAAAAGAUCUCAUGGAAUAACAGUAUAAUGCCCGUCUAUGGAGUCUCCAAGGAUCCCAAGACUAAAAAUUUUAUAAUAGUUUACGAGCACGCGGAACACGGUGAUCUCAAUAACUAUCUUCAAGAGAAUUCGGCGAAUAUGGGGUGGCCGCUGAAGCUGGCAUUGGCCUGUGACAUCUCGAAAUCACUGAAAACCCUACACGGUUGCAACCUGAUACACAAAGACAUCCACAGUGGAAACAUACUGAUAUUAAAGGACGGUUCAACGGCGCUAACCGAUUUUGGAUUAUGUAAACACGUGGACGCCGAAAACAGGAAACUCGAUGUUGGGCAGGUGGAGGGGGUGUUACCGUUCAUUGCCCCCGAGGUAAUAAGAGCCCAAAAGUAUAGCAAACAAUCGGACAUUUAUAGUUUCUCCAUCGUGAUGUGGGAAAUAACAACGGGCGGGAAAAGGCCAUUAUGUGAUCGAUCGCAUGAUGUGGAGUUAGCAUCGGAGAUACUCGAGGGAAAACGACCAGAUCCGGUGCCCGGCACGCCGCCGUGUUGGGUUGAGUUGAUGGAACAAUGUUGGAACGAUGAUCCGGACAAACGACCGGAUGCUGACGCCGUGCACCGAACACUGUGCGAUUGGUUAAAGAGGUUGGUGGAAACUCCAAAGUUACCGUAUAAGGUCAACACGGAAUUCGCGUUGGCCGAGAAUUGGCGGUUACGCGGUCAACAUCAUUCAACCACGUCGCAUCACGGUUCACGACAGGUUUCGGUGAUGUCCGGUAAUAAUGGUGAAGAGGACAAUGCGUCACCGGAAGUAUCAGUGCAAGAGGGUGGUUCGGGUGAAGGUUCAACUACGACGACAGUCGUCGAGCCCGAAGGUGGGAUCGAGGUUGAUGUGCACAUGGUGGAGGAAAUUGAAUCGGGAAUGGAACCAGGAGAAUUCCAGCACCCGGUGACAUGUUACACCAGCCAACUGUUCGAUUUCAGCGAAUUGAAGAUAUUCACGUCAACGAAGACGUCGACCGUCAGCACGGAAGAACCCAGC